AUGGUCUACGUCUCAGCUCUCGCACCGGCCCUCCUGCUCAGCGUAACCGGGGCCUUGGCAACCACCGCCGCCGCCAGCGCCCUACCAACAUCCAGCAGCGUCGGCAACUCAGCCGCCGACAGCGGGCCCCCUCACAUCCUCUUUUCCGAGGAUGCCACAACCAUCUCGUACGCGAACACCGACACCGACGCCGACACCGACGCCGACACCGACGACACCGACACCGACACAAGCACCGGAUUCGAACCCUUCGACCCGGUCCAGCACAAAGGCAUCCACCGCUGCAACAGGUCCCCGCUGAGGUGCGACUGCUCCAAGAACGCCACCGAGCUCGCCGCGCUCAACGCCCUGCGCCACGAGAAGAAUUGCGCCAAGUGUUCGUGCCAUAAGAAUGGCGCUGGGCACGGUGUGGGGGGGUCUGAGGGGCAGCUGGUUAAGAGUGUUGUUGCGGCGGUGGUGGGUGUGGCGGGGGUGGUGGCUUUGUUGUGA